AUGGCGAGAACGGGGGUUCUUGGGGCGCCCAGCCGCGCGGCGAAGAGAGGAAAGGGAGGCCGAAGGAGCCUCGCGGGAUGUGCCUUUGUAGUCGGCAGUGCUGCACUCACUUUCCACCAUACCAGAAGUCGUGGACGAACCAAGUCCGCGCAUUCGUCGCGCCUUUAUGCACAAAGCGUGUCAGUGCUCGUGACAGUUCCUGCCGCGCUCCGGGGUGAGGGAGGCCUCUGCAGACCGCGCUCCGGCCGGCGGCCCGGUGGCGUGGGCGAGAGCCCCCGCGGACCCUCGGCGUCACUCCCUGGCGCUUACCGCAGAUUUCGCCAUGUGUGUCGCGGGGGCCUGGUGCUCGACGAGCAGCUGGAAGUCCGGCCUGGGGGAACAAAUUCCGAAUAUACCGCAAGGGCCUGUCCCCUACAAGAGAAUUCUGGGGUUUUGCAGGCCCGUUGGUGUGAGGCGGACUGUGGGCAGACCUGCCUUGACAGAGAUUUUGCUUUGGAAUCAAACCCUUCUGACCACCCAAGGGCAAGCACAAUUUUCCUGAGCAAAUCUCAGACAGACGUGCGAGAAAAGAGGAAGAGCAGCCAUUUAAAUCAUGUGUCUCCAGGGCAUCUCACUAAAAAGUAUAGCUCGUGCUCAACAAUAUUUCUCGAUGACAGCACAGUCAGCCAGCCUCAUCUGAGAACCACAGUCAAAUGUGUGACCUUAGCAAUAUAUUACCACAUAAAGAACAGAGAUGCAAAUAGGUCCCUGGAUAUUUUUGAUGAGAGAUCACAUCCACUUACGCGCGAAAAGGUUCCAGAGGAAUACUUUCAGCACGACCCGGAGCACAAGUUUAUUUACAGAUUUGUGCGCACCCUUUUCAGCGCCGCCCAGCUCACAGCUGAAUGUGCAAUCGUAACUUUGGUGUACUUAGAAAGGCUUCUGACUUACGCUGAGAUCGACAUCUGCCCCACUAACUGGAAGAGGAUCGUCCUGGGAGCCGUCCUUCUUGCCUCCAAGGUCUGGGAUGAUCAGGCCGUCUGGAACGUGGACUACUGCCAGAUCCUCAAGGACAUUACAGUCGAGGACAUGUGA